UAAGAAUUAUAAUUAUAAUUAUAUUACAUUACAUUAAAUUACAAUAUACUAUAAAUUUGCAACAUAUUGACACAUUGUGUGUUUUAGCUUGAGCUUCAACUUUGUUACAUGCAUUAGACGGUUGUAAGUUGUGUUUAUUUGUCUGUACCUUUACGAUCUUUAGCCGCAUGUGAUGACGAAUGGUGUGUUUUUUCAUCUCGCUUUAACACGUGUCUUAUUUGCGUAUCCAGGUAAUCCAGCUGCACCCUCUCAAACCCUAUUCUCUCAAAAUCAACUUGUUUUCUCUCUCUAUUGGUUUCCGGCGGUGAAGCAAUCGCUCUAUGAUGUCGGCGACCACGUCAUAGGAGCUAUGCUGGUGUGGUUGUGGAGCGGGAUAGUCGGGCGAAAUCAAUAUGUCAAAAAUAAAACUAGCCGGAGUCUAGCAAGGUGCUAGAACCGACCAGAAGAGACCCUAAAUCUUUGUUGAACCACAAAACUGACAACAUAUGCUAGAAAUUAAUAUCACACCACUUUUCCCAAUCUAAACUACCCAAUUUUGACCUAUUUUUAACCCAAUGGAAAGAUACGGACUUUAUAUCCUUGAUAAGACUCUUGGUGGGCCUAAGCUGGCCAAGAAUAAAAAGGAAAUUUAGGAACCGGUUAGGAUGGGCUUGAAAAAAUGGGGACGAGUUAGAAUGGGUAAAGUAAAAAAAAUAAAACAGAUGAGCGAUUUUGUCAUUGCUAUUCACGCAUUCAUUGUUUGCAAACGUAGUUGUCGCAGACUCGUAGUUUUCCAUCAAAGUUAUGCUGGGUUUGAUUUUUAAUUUUAAAGUUGAGCAUGCUGCAUUUAAUCUCUCAUCUUCAUCUUAAAAUGGUUGAGGCUAAACUUCCUUAUGCAACGAUCAUGCUUUUUAACUUGUAGUUUGAUCAAGUUAAAUUUAUGCCCAUCCACGUUGUUAAACUUUCUGUAUAAUGUUAUUUUUCUCAAAUCAACAUGCCCCACCUGUACUUAUUUUUGUCAAAUACCCUUAUCACAACCCAAAGUUAGUUCAUUUAUGUCUCGUGCACCCACGUCUUUCCCAAACAGGGUAUGGUCUUUCACGACCAAUGGAAAUAGUUGCAGACGUGCAGUGCUGCCGAAAAUCCGACUACAUGAACAGGGCAUCCGUCACACUCCUUCAACAGUUGUAAGGUGGCUCCUCUUUCCGGACAACACAUACAAAGAGACCCGCCAACAGUCAAAUAAUUAGUGAAUCUCGGAGAAAUAUUUUUAUUAUAUAAUAAGUUUUCUUUCUCUUCUAGUUUUCUAUCUCUCAUCUAUCUAUUUUCUUUAGUUAUCCACUAGAGCAAUUUUGAUCUGGAAGUCGAUCCGGGGCAAGUGUUCGGAUCUAUUAUGACAUAGCCAUGAGGCGCUCAACGGACCUUUUUGAUCUUAUAAAAACCUUUCUGACUUUAGAUUGAUACAAAAACGACGUUUUGUGCAACCUAGUAUAUUUCAGAUAUCUUGUGCAACCUAGUAUAUUUCAGAUAUCAAUUAAAAGUUCUUAGAUGGAUCUGCUUGAUGUCCAAUCAAUUGGUGGUGAUCGUUAAAGUUUGUUUUUUUUAUACUUCUUUUAAAUGAAUAGCGACCAAGAAAGAUCAAACGCUGGAGAAAUUUCGAAGAAAAUGGCGAUACUUUGGCUGUAAAUCAAUCUCUGUCGGGAAAUCAGACACUUGUCUCCCGGAAUGGAAAUUUUGAAAUGGGUUUCUUUAGACCAGAUGGUAACUUGGUGCUUUUAAAUGAGUCAAACUCCCUUAUUUGGUCAACAAACAUGAAUUCUACUGCUACAGCGGCAUCCGCAACUCUUCUUGAUGAUGGUAAUUUAGUUUUAAGAUAUGGGUCAGGUUCAAGCCUACCAAUUUGGCAAAGUUUUGAUCAUCCAACCCAUACUUUCUUGCCUGGUAUGAAGUUGGGAUACGACAAGCGUACAAACACAAGCCAGGUUCUUACUUCAUGGAGAAGUGUAGAAGAUCCGGGGGUGGGACUCUUUUCUUUAGAGAUUGACCAAAAUGAAAGGCAGUAUCUAGUCAAGUGGAAUAGAUCCGUAGAUUAUUGGUCUACCGGAAGUUGGAAUGAUCGAGAUAAACUCUUUGAAUUGGCACCCGAAGUGAGAAAGAAUCAUAUCUAUAACAUUAGCUAUGUUGAUAAUGAAAACGAGAGUUAUUUCACUUAUUCUUUAUACAAUCGUUCCAUUAUUUCAAGAUUUAUUAUAGACGUCUCAGGGCAGAUUAAACAGCUGACAUGGUCGGACAGCUCCGGGCAGUGGAAUAUGUUUUGGUCUCUGCCACAAGAUUUAUGCAGGAUAUAUGGUGGGUGUGGGGAAUUUGGUGUUUGCAGUCAGUCGUUGUCCCCAUCCUGUAGUUGUUUGAUUGCUUUCAAGCCCAGAUCAAAGAAUGAUUGGAAUCUUCGCAGUUUCUCUAGUGGGUGUGUCAGAAAAACUGAAGUGAAUUGUAGUAUUACCAUCGACAAACCCGCGUUUAUCUUAAGUUAUGUCGAAGAAAGCUUUCUUUCUACAUUUCCUGAAAAUGAAGCCCAACAGUUAGAUGAAUCAUCAUGCAGUUAUUCUUGCUUGCAUGACUGCAGUUGUAAUGCAUAUACUUUUAUCUCCAAUGUAUGUCAUCACUGGAAUCAUGAAAAUAUGAAAAACAUAUCACUUGGGUUUGUUUCAAACGAUUCGUAUCUAGACACAUCUAAAUUCCACAUCAAAGUUGCUUCAAAAGAUAUUCCACACCUUAUAGAGAAUAGUGGUAAAAAAAAUAAGGAUGCCAAUCUGGGUGCUGUUGUCGGAUCUAUUGCAGUUGUGGUAUUUGUCUUGUGUGUAAUUUUGUUCAUGAUCCGUAGGAGGAAAACGAUGAUAUUGGUUGGGAAAACGACAAUGGAAGGAUCGUUGAUGGCAUUUGUCUACAGAGAUUUACAAAUUGCCACCAAAAACUUCACAGAUAAAUUGGGAGGAGGUAGUUUUGGUUCGGUUUUUAAGGGGGUACUGCAUGAUUCAACUGUUGUGGCAGUGAAAAAACUUGAAAGUGUCAGCCAAGGAGAAAAAGAAUUCAGAAGUGAAGUCGGCACACUUGGGAUCAUCCAACAUGUUAAUCUUGUGCGCCUUUGUGGGUUCUGUGCGCAAGGUAAAAACAGAUUAUUGGUGUACGAUUACAUGCCAAAUGGUUCUCUAAAUUCCCGUCUUUUCAAUGAAAAAGAAUAUUAUCCUUUAUCCUGGAAAGCAAGGUAUCAGAUUGCACUUGGAAUUGCUAGAGGGUUGGUUUAUCUUCAUGAGAGGUGCAGAGACCGUAUAAUCCACUGUGACCUAAAGCCUGAAAACAUUCUUUUGGAUGCUGAUUUCUGUCCAAAGAUAGCAGAUUUUGGUCUGGCAAAGCUCAUGGGUAGAGACUUUAGCAGGGUUUUGACAACUAUGAGAGGGACACGAGGGUAUCUAGCUCCUGAAUGGUUAUCGGGGGUGCCUGUCACUGCCAAAGCAGAUGUUUUUAGCUACGGAAUGAUACUUUUUGAAUUGGUACAUGGUAAAAGAAAUUCGGAGCAAUCUGAAGAUUUUACUUUCAAAUUCUUCCCUAGUUUAGCUGCAAAUGUUUUGAUGGUAGGAGGGGAUAUCCUUAGCCUGUUGGAUAGUAGGUUAAAUAGGGAAGCUAAUCUUGAACAAGUCACCAAAAUUUUAAAAGUUGCAUAUUGGUGCAUACAAGAUGAGGAAGACAGCCGGCCUUCAAUGAGUGAGGUGGAACGCAUUCUUGAAGGGGUUUUGGAUGUGAGCAUGCCUCCAGUCCCACAAUACGUCAAGUAUUUUGAUGAUGACAUGGAGGAUUUUCUUUUCUUCAAACCGUCUUCCGGAAUCCAGUUCAGUUAACUAAACUUACUGGAUGGUAAUUCCUAGUCUAAGAAUGCAUCAUCUUGAAAAUAAUCUUUCUUGUUUCUUGGUUUUACAUUUUAUCAUUAUGGAAUAAAGGAGUCAUUGGCUUGUUUAAACCGUGUGCUUUACUUUUUUGUUGUAAAUUGAUCACUAUUAUUGAUAAAAACCUGCAUUACAUUAAUAGAAGAGUG